UUUGGAAUUUGGAUAAGGUGGUGGAGUUUUGAGUUCAUUUGGGACUGAACUAAGAGAAUACAAUGAGAGGGUAUGCAUUGUCCUUGACCAAUUUGCUGCCUCCUUCCCAUUUCAGCAUAGACAUCAAGUUCAAAUCUUUUGCUUUCUCCAUUGCUGCAACUCACUCUCUCAUCCCAACACCAAAACCCUCUCUUCUCCUUUCAACCCCUCAUUCAAAAUCCAAUUCACACUUCUCAUUUUCUGUUGCUGCUCAACAGCAACAAGUACAACCCGGUGAAGAAGAGAACAUUCAACUGGUCUCCUCUAUCAAAACUGAUUACAAUGACAUACUCAUAGUGGACACCCCAAAGGCUAGAAUGUUACUCCUUGAUUCAUCUUUCUCCUUCAGCUGUGUGCCAAGGGUAAUUGAUGAGUCAGAAUUUGUUUCUUUUGUUGCAGACAGUGUUCACAGUGUUCUUUACCAUGGGUCAAAAUGGACUUGUUCUUAUUGGGAUGAAUUUGCGAGCUUGCCAGCUAUUGUUCCAAAAGGUCCCAUUGCUAUCUUAGGUUUGGGUGGUGGAACUGCAGCUCAUCUGAUGCUUGACUUAUGGCCUUCACUGCAACUUGAUGGCUGGGAGAUUGAUCAAAUUUUGAUUGAUAAAGUGAGAGAUUAUUUUGGCUUAUCGGAUUUGGAGAAGACAACAGAGGAUGGUGGGGUUUUAAAUAUUCAUGUUGGUGAUGUCUUCGUUCCCUCAAAGGAUUUUCGCGGAAGAUAUGCUGGCAUUGUAGUUGACUUGUUCGCAGAUGGAAAAGUUUUGCCUCAGCUACAAGAGGUUAAUACAUGGUUGCAAUUAGAAGAGAGAUUGAUGGCCAAUGGUCGCUUCAUGGUAAAUUGUGGUGGUGUUGGUGGUGGGCCAAGUGCCAGAGAUGAAAGUACUCAUCCUGAAACUUUGUGGAGUGGUAAAUCAUGGUUAUCAAAUCCAGCUAUGAAAGCACUAUCCGAAGCAUUUCCGGGACAAGUAAGUUGGAAGAGGAUGCCAAAGGAAUAUGGUGCAAAUUUUAUGGCACUAACAGGACCUUUGCCUGAUUUGAAGUCUUGGUCGGCUAGUGUCCCUUCACCUCUGAGCCAAAGUGUGAAGAAUUGGAGACCUUUGUGAGCUGGUUUCUUCGAUUUUAUCUUACCUAUCCAUAGCUAAUGACAAAAUAUUUUGGUAAGACAUGGGCCUUUAGGGAAAAUGAACAUAUAUCUAAAGGCAGGUAGCUUCUUCUUGCACCCCCAUAAAUUUCCCUCUGCACUUUUUUUUUCA